AAUUGGAGCAGGCUGCGCAGCGGGGACAGAAGGACAGUGAAGAAACUUGACAGCAUGUGACCUCCAGAAGAAGAAAGAGGAGCAUCCAUGUACCAGCAAUGCAGAUACAGAUGCUGUAACAGCACCUCCAGGACUGCAUGAUGCUGUGGUUUCUCUUUCCACUCAUCUCUUGCUGUGACUGAGAGCACUGAAGAGUCUGACAAAAUCCUUCUUCUCAAAUUACAAAUGAGUCCUUCAUGGGAAACUUAAAAGAAAGCAGAGCCAGCUAACACAGUCUACUUACUUCUACUAAAACUGAAGAAUUUACAUAGCAUCUUUAAUGCAAGAAUCCCUAAGGCCAUGUCUACACUACAAAAGUACUCCAAUUUUACAGAAGUCAAUUUUUGGGAACAGAUUGUAUAAAGUCGAGUGCAUGCAUCCACACUAAGCACAUUAAUUCAGCGGUUUGCGUCCACAGUACCGUGGCAAGCGUCGACAUUCUGAGCGGUGCACUGUGGGUAGCUAUCCCACAGUUCCCGCAGCCCAUUGGAAUUCUGGGCUGAGCUCCCAAUGCCUGAUAGGGCCAAAAAUUUGUCACGGGUGGUUAUGGGUAAAUGUCAUCAGUCAACCCUCCCUCCCUCCAUGAAAGCAACAAUCAUUUCACGCCCUUUUCCCUGGAUUGCCCGAGCAGAAGCAUAGCACAGCAAGCAUGGAGCCCAUUCAGCUCACCACAGCAGUUAUGACCAUUGUAAACGCCUCGCGCAUUAUCGUGCAGUUUAUGCAGAACCAGCGCCUGAAAAACCAGACGAGGAGGUGACAGCAGCACGGUGAUGAGGACAUGAACACAGAUUUCUCUAAAGCCACGGUAUCCAGCAAUUUGGAGAUCAUGGUGUUACUGGGGCAGGCUCAUGCUGUGGAACGCAGAUUCUGGGCACGGGAAACAAGCACAGAGUGGUGGGACCACAUAGUGUUGCAGGUUUGGGAUGAUUCCCAGUGGCUCCGAAACUUUCGCAUGCAUAAGGGCACUUUCAUGGAACUUUGUGACUUGCUUUCCCCUGCCCUGAAGCACAAGAAUACCAAGAUGAGAGCAGCCCUCACAGAUCACAAGCGAGUGGCAAUAGCCCUGUGGAAGCUUGGAAUACCAGACAGCUACCGGUCAGUUGGUAAUCAAUUUGGAGUGGGCAAAUCUACUGUGGGGGUUGCUGUGAUGCAAGUAGCCAACGUAAUCAUUGAGCUGCUGCUAUCAAAGGUAGUGACUCUGGGAAAUGUGCAAGUCAUACUAGAUGGCUUUGCUGCAAUGGGAUUCCCUAACUGUGGUGGGGCUAUAGACGGAACGCAUAUCCCCAUCUUGGGACCGGACCACCAGGGCAGCCAGUACAUAAACCACAAGGGGUACUUUUCAGUGGUGCUGCAAACACUGGUGGAUCACAAGGGACAUUUCACCAACAUCAACGUGGGAUAGCCGGGAAAGGUUCAUGAUGCUCGCGUCUUCAGGAACUCUGGUCUGUUUAAAUGGCUGCAGGAAGGGAUUUACUUCCCAGAUCAGAAAAUAGCUGUUGGGGAUAUUGAAAUGCCUAUAGUUAUCCUUGGGGACCCAGCCUACCCCUUAAUGCCAUGGCUCAUGAAGCCAUACACAGGCACCCUGGACAGUAGUAAGGAGCUGUUCAACUAUAAGCUGAGCAAGUGCAGAAUGGUGGUAGAGUGUGCAUUUGGACGUUUAAAGGGUCGCUGGUGCAGUAUACUGACUCACUCAGACCUCAGUGGGAUUAUUGGUUUCACUGUUAUUGCUGCUUGCUGUGUGCUCCACAAUCUCUGUGAGAGUAAGGGGGAGAUGUUUUUUGGCGUCGUGGGAGGUUGAGGCAAAUCGUCUGGCCACUGAAUACGCGCAGCCAGACACCAGGGUGGU